AUGAGUAUAAAAGAUGCAAAGGAAGUGUAUUAUAAGAAAGAUGGCAUGGCAGAAGUAAAAGAGAUAUGCAGAGAGGAAGAGUGCUGCAGGAAUCUGAAUUUAUCAGAUUCCUGCAAUUNUUGUGACGAGUGUAAACAGAAAUUUACACAAAAGUCAAGCUUAAUAUUACACCUUAGAACACACACUGGAGAAAAGCCUUACAGUUGUGACGAGUGUAAACAGAAAUUUACACAAAAGUCAAGCUUAAUAUUACACCUUAGAACACACACUGGAGAAAAGCCUUACAGUUGUGACGAGUGUAAACAGAAAUUUACACAAAAGUCAAGCUUAAUAUUACACCUUAGAACACACACUGGAGAAAAGCCUUACAGUUGUGACGAGUGUAAACAGAAAUUUACACAAAAGUCAAGCUUAAUAUUACACCUUAGAACACACACUGGAGAAAAGCCUUACAGUUGUGACGAGUGUAAACAGAAAUUUACACAAAAGUCAAGCUUAAUAUUACACCUUAGAACACACACUGGAGAAAAGCCUUACAGUUGUGACGAGUGUAAACAGAAAUUUACACAAAAGUCAAGCUUAAUAUUACACCUUAGAACACACACUGGAGAAAAGCCUUACAGUUGUGACGAGUGUAAACAGAAAUUUACACAAAAGUCAAGCUUAAUAUUACACCUUAGAACACACACUGGAGAAAAGCCUUACAGUUGUGACGAGUGUAAACAGAAAUUUACACAAAAGUCAAGCUUAAUAUUACACCUUAGAACACACACUGGAGAAAAGCCUUACAGUUGUGACGAGUGUAAACAGAAAUUUACACAAAAGUCAAGCUUAAUAUUACACCUUAGAACACACACUGGAGAAAAGCCUUACAGUUGUGACGAGUGUAAACAGAAAUUUACACAAAAGUCAAGCUUAAUAUUACACCUUAGAACACACACUGGAGAAAAGCCUUACAGUUGUGACGAGUGUAAACAGAAAUUUACACAAAAGUCAAGCUUAAUAUUACACCUUAGAACACACACUGGAGAAAAGCCUUACAGUUGUGACGAGUGUAAACAGAAAUUUACACAAAAGUCAAGCUUAAUAUUACACCUUAGAACACACACUGGAGAAAAGCCUUACAGUUGUGACGAGUGUAAACAGAAAUUUACACAAAAGUCAAGCUUAAUAUUACACCUUAGAACACACACUGGAGAAAAGCCUUACAGUUGUGACGAGUGUAAACAGAAAUUUACACAAAAGUCAAGCUUAAUAUUACACCUUAGAACACACACUGGAGAAAAGCCUUACAGUUGUGACGAGUGUAAACAGAAAUUUACACAAAAGUCAAGCUUAAUAUUACACCUUAGAACACACACUGGAGAAAAGCCUUACAGUUGUGACGAGUGUAAACAGAAAUUUACACAAAAGUCAAGCUUAAUAUUACACCUUAGAACACACACUGGAGAAAAGCCUUACAGUUGUGACGAGUGUAAACAGAAAUUUACACAAAAGUCAAGCUUAAUAUUACACCUUAGAACACACACUGGAGAAAAGCCUUACAGUUGUGACGAGUGUAAACAGAAAUUUACACAAAAGUCAAGCUUAAUAUUACACCUUAGAACACACACUGGAGAAAAGCCUUACAGUUGUGACGAGUGUAAACAGAAAUUUACACAAAAGUCAAGCUUAAUAUUACACCUUAGAACACACACUGGAGAAAAGCCUUACAGUUGUGACGAGUGUAAACAGAAAUUUACACAAAAGUCAAGCUUAAUAUUACACCUUAGAACACACACUGGAGAAAAGCCUUACAGUUGUGACGAGUGUAAACAGAAAUUUACACAAAAGUCAAGCUUAAUAUUACACCUUAGAACACACACUGGAGAAAAGCCUUACAGUUGUGACGAGUGUAAACAGAAAUUUACACAAAAGUCAAGCUUAAUAUUACACCUUAGAACACACACUGGAGAAAAGCCUUACAGUUGUGACGAGUGUAAACAGAAAUUUACACAAAAGUCAAGCUUAAUAUUACACCUUAGAACACACACUGGAGAAAAGCCUUACAGUUGUGACGAGUGUAAACAGAAAUUUACACAAAAGUCAAGCUUAAUAUUACACCUUAGAACACACACUGGAGAAAAGCCUUACAGUUGUGACGAGUGUAAACAGAAAUUUACACAAAAGUCAAGCUUAAUAUUACACCUUAGAACACACACUGGAGAAAAGCCUUACAGUUGUGACGAGUGUAAAAAAAAGUUUAUACAGAAGUCAGACUUAAUUAAACACCUUCGCAUUCACACUGGAGAAAAGCCUUACAGUUGUGACGAGUGUAAAAAGAAGUUUGCAGACAAGUCAAACUUAAUUAGACACCUUCGGACCCACAACAUACGAAAGCCAUAUAAAUGUUAAUUACGUCCAGCGAAAUUCAUUCCAAACCAUGAUUAAAAAAUACGUUAGAAUACUUAGAAGUUUUGAACAAAUACUAUUUUUAAUUUCUAUUGAUGUAUAAUGAUCGAAAGAUGUAAGCAAAACUGGUUUUAAAUUAAAGUGAUGUUUUUCCAUUUUUCGAAAAGUUCCAAGUUAAAGGCAUUGUAUACUGAAUAUAUAAUUGAAAUAUUAUGUAAUACUUUCUUGAAUAAAGAAUUGUUCCAUA